GUUGUUUUGCGACGCAGUGAAGUUGGAUUUUCCUACCUGUGCCUGUGGAUUUGGGUCUCUGAGGGGCGUCAUUAUGAAGUGGCCUCACUCCUCUCUGAUUGGCUUAACUCUACUGUUUCUUCAACUGAACAGUUCCUCUGGGGGUAGGGUCUUGGUGUUUCCACUGGACGGAAGCCAUUGGAUAAACAUGAAAGUAAUCGUUGAGGAACUGCAUGCCAAAGGCCAUGAGGUCACUGUGAUUCGUCCCUCUGAUAGCUGGUACAUCAGUGAAAAGUCUCCUCUUUACACGGUUGUCAGUGUUCCCAGUCCUGGUGGAUUUGAGCAAAGCUACUUUGAAGCCUUUUUGUCUCGACAGCUUGAGAUCCGGUUGCAGGGUAGGAAUGCAUCUUUUUGGUCUAAAAUCUGGUAUGAUAUUCAGAUCAGGCGACAGGUUAUUGAGCAGUUCUCUCUGCUCCAUAAGCAAAUGAGUGAACUGACGAUUCAGAUCUUUGAAGAUGGAAACCUGAUGCAGUCUUUCCAUGAAGCCCAAUAUGAUGUUGUUCUGACUGACCCCGGCAUCGGUGUAGGGACUAUGUUGGCACGCCGGCUCCAAGUUCCUCUUGUUUUUAAUGUCAGAUGGACCAUUCAAGGUGAAGCUCAUUUGCUUAUUGCCCCCUCACCUCUGUCAUAUAUUCCUUUCACUGCAACAGAGUUGACAGAUAAGAUGACCUUCCCUCAAAGAAUAAAGAAUGUUUUGAGUUAUACUUUAGGGAUGUACAUAAUGUCAUGCAUCACAGAACCUCAGUACAGACCAGUAGUUGAGAAGUACUUUGGUCCCGGUGUGGAUUACUCAACGUUUUUCCUGGAAGCAGACAUUUGGCUUAUGAGGAGUGAUUUUGUCUUUGAAUUUCCACGUCCAACAAUGCCAAAUAUAGUGUACAUGGGGGGGUUUCAGUGCAAGCCCUCUAAGCCACUUCCUGCAGACCUGGAGGAGUUCGUCCAGAGCUCUGGAGACCACGGGGUCAUUGUGAUGACCUUAGGAACUUUAGUCGGGAAUCUUCCUCAAGACAUCACUGAGGAGAUUGCUGCAGCCUUUGCCCAGCUGCCUCAGAAGGUCGUAUGGAGGUAUAUGGGACAAAGGCCAGCCAAUCUGGGUAACAACACUUUAACAGUUAACUGGCUGCCACAGAACGACCUCUUAGGACAUCCCAAAACUAGAGUGUUUGUCGCCCACGGAGGCACUAAUGGGGUUCAGGAGGCCAUUUACCACGGAGUUCCUAUAGUUGGACUUCCUUUAUUCUUCGAUCAACCCGAUAACCUCUCCAAAAUCAAAGCAAGGGGAGGAGCUUUGUGUGUGGAUAUUGCAGAGUUUGACAGACACAUCUUUGCAGAUGCCCUAAAGACAGCUCUUUACAAUUCCUCUUACAGGGAAAACAUGCAGAGGCUCUCAAGGCUGCACAGAGACCAACCCAUGAAGCCACUGGACCGGGCAGUGUUUUGGAUAGAAUAUGUCAUGAGACAUAAAGGAGCCCGUCAUCUGCAGGCAAAGUCCAUCAAAAUGUCCUGGAUUGUUUAUUACAGCAUAGAUGUUAUUGCUGCUUUAUUGGCAGUUGCUUUGCUUGUAAUUUUCACCUGCAUUUCAGCUGUAAGGUUAAUGUGGAGAAUUAGUUUUGUUGGGAAAAAAGUUAAACAUGAAUGACAAGAAAAAUAAAAAUUGAAAGUUUUUCUUAACAGAUCAUAGAUUUGGAAUGUAUUUGUUAAAUAAUAUAUGAUAUAUUGAUAUAUAUAUAUUAUUGUAAACAUGAUCUCAAUGAUGAUUAUAAGCUUUUUGCUGUCGGGUUUAUCGUUCAAUAUCUGAAUGUGGAUUCUCAGUGAAAACUACUAAAACUAAACUAACUAAAACAAAUGUGACUCUUGUAACAUGACAUGUGACGGAAAAACAACAGAAAAACAUUAUCUGGUGGUGGAUAUGAUGGCAGACAUAUGAUAAGAAAAGCUUUAUUUUUCAAAUUAUUAUGGCAUGCAAACAAAUGUGAUUUAAAAAGUUGGUACAUAUUUAUCCAACUGGCAGAUAAAACAAAUAAGGUCAGCCUUUCGGUGUUUGUAAAAUUACAAAUGAUAAUUUUGGAUUCCAUUUCAUCAUUUCAUUUCAUUAUCAGUACAACUCUGCAAAGCCUGAACCAUUAAAUACUAGCAAGGAAAAAAACAAACAAAAGUAUUGAACACCAUAUAUAUAUGUUAAUGUAUUUUUACAAUUAAUUAAAAAAAAUCAAAGAAAAAAAACUUUAAAAAAGAAAAAGAAAAAGAAGAAGAAAAAGAAACAAGAAAAUAUAUACACAAAAAUAAAUGUUGCUCUCAAAAUUUCUCCUCUAAAUAAUCAAAAUUGUUUUCUGAACUCUGGUAGGUAAAUCACAUAAUCACAUUGAAGGAUUGAUACAAAAGUGUCUUUAAUACCUGCACCAUAACACCAUUUAUCAAAUAUGCUAAAUAAUAACUAAUUAUACAUAUAUACAUAUUUAUAUAUAUA